CCGUCUCUCAAGCACAGCUGUGUCGCUUGAAUCCAGUCCCAGCCAUGGUUGUGCUUUUCCUGUUGUUCUUCUGCGGGUUAGCAGCCUCACAACGCUCUAUCAACCCCGCCGAGUUUCCCAAAACCAUUGAGCUGAUCACAGAUCUGGCCGGCGUAUCGCAAAAAUCCGCUUCCCUUGAAACAUGUAUCAAGAAAGUGACCAGUCCUCUGGACAAAACUGUUCAUUUUGGCGACGAGAUAGCCACGGUUGGGGACAAGAUAACGACGUUGGUACAGCGAACCGAGGUCAUUGUUGACAUUCUCGAUACCGUUAUGUUAAUACCUUAUGUCGGAGAGGUUGCCUCAUUCGUCCUGGAACCCGCCGUGACCGUUCUUAAUGUCAUCAAGACAGGGUUAUCAAAAGUAAAGCCAGUUGUUCAGGCCUUCGCCAACAAAAUGCAUGCAUGGAUCCAACCCCUUAAGGCCGUGAUGAAUAAAAUCCAUUGGGUGGAAAAUUCUAUUGGCAAGUUUGCCAAAAUUGUAACCGCUGUCGAUGGCAAAGCUGCGGCCGCAGAAGGGUGCGUCAACUCACUUCCGGUUGGCAGAACACCGGCUAUCCACGCCCUAGAGGGAGUUUCGGGUAAACUGGAUGUGGUACCUGACGGAUUCGGUGUGGCGUUGGGGGCAGUGAACACCGGGUGCAGCAAAAUUGAGGGCUUCUUAGGGAAAAUCCACCUUGUACGCAGGCGCAGAGGAUUACCAAGCUUGGGAGCCGUAAACAAGGUACUGGAUACCAUUUUGCAUGCGUUUGGACCGCUCGGUCACUUCCUCGAUGAAGUCAAUGCAGUACUUCAUAAGAAGUUUUGUCUGCUUCACAGUCUGGAAAAACUGGCUGAAGAAGGAGUAAAAGUAGGAAAGGAAGUGGCACAACAAGCUGUGCAUCUUGAGAAGACGGUUAUCAAGGAUGCUAAGCAGGUUGUGGACGAAGUCGGACAUGUUUGGGUUGAAGUGGACAAAGGAGCCGAGAAAGUCAUAAACAACGUGGGCAAAGGCGUCGAAAGUUUGGGCGAGAAAAUUAUCGACGGCAUCAAGGAAGCUGGUGAAGUUGUGGGCAAAGGUGUCGUGAAUGCCGCGAAAACGGUCGGUGAGGAAACGAAACAUGUCGUUGAAGAAGUGGGCAAAGGUGUUGUUAACGCGGCGAAAACGGUCGGUGAGGAAACAAAACAUGUCGCUGAGGAAGUUGGUAAAGGUGUCGUAAACGCCGGUAAAACAGUUGCCGAAGGAGUUAACACCGCAGUCCACAAAGUUGGGAGCUUCUUUCAUCACAUUUUCGGCAAACGUGGCGUGGCAGAGAACAUCUACUUCGUAGACGGGAAACUUUACGUUUUGGUUGACGGAAGUGUAGACACGCGCACGCGCAGAGGGGUGGACGUUUGUUUCAGCUUGAGCGACGUUUUCAAGGGCAUUAACGCCGUCACAGGAGGACUGAUGAACAAGGCUAAGGGCUUGAUUGACGGCCUUUUCCACGGAAAGACUUCAUUUAAAAUUCCAGGCCUUACUAGUGAUGUCCUCAACAUUGGCUCUCUGUUCCACAAUCUGGACUUCGGAGGGCUACUCCCGCAUCUCAAGGACAUCGUGAAGUUACCACAGGUAGACAUGGACAAAAUCAUGAAACUGAAUGUGAAACUGUUUGAACAGACACUUCCACAGUGUGCUGCGGUAUUGGCUAAAUUCAACACGCAAGGAUAAUCUGCUGACAUUCCAACAUAGAGUUCCAGAUUGCAGAAAGUUCCAAGGUGACAUUUGUUUUCUUCAGAACUGCAUCAUUGUACUGGUACUAAACCAUCAGUUUUAUAAAAACUUUUACUCUUCCAC